AUGUUGAAACUAUAUUCGCUUCUUUUUUGUAUCGGCAGCAUUUCGAUGAGCUGGGAUUAUGGAACAUAUCCAUCAUUUGACGAUGAUUCCGAUCAAUAUUUUACAUCAAGAGAUCAAGAACAUGAAAUUCAUAGUCCAUUAAUUAGUGGAUAUCAAUACGUAUCGGGUGGUGCUGGUGAGGGUACUCAACAUUUAAGUCCUAGCGGAGUUAUUCCAAAUCAUCCAGAAGUUAAAACAGAUGAACAAUUGCCGUCGUAUUGUGAUCCGCCGAAUCCAUGUCCAUUAGGUUUUGAAACGAAUGAUUGUGAUUCGUCAUCAAUGCAGAAAUUUACGGCUGAAUAUAGUCGUCAUUAUCAAUCAAGUCAAGAUUGUGAGUGUGAUGAUGAUCAUAAUGAAUGUACGACAAACGGCAAUUUGCUACAUACUCUUCCAUCUAAUGAUAUAUUGAAACGAUCACGACGAGUUCGCAGAGAUAUCAAAAGAAAAGAAUAUCAACAACCACAAAAAGAUCAAAAUCAUACAAAAUACAUGAAUCCAUAUAAAAGUGGUCAACAUCUUUAUUUUCAUGUUGCAAAAAAGUCACCAAUGUAUUGA